GUGCGUGCUUUUCGUAGAAUCGCUGCGUGCGCCGUCUUUUUGUGUUCUUCCUAUGAUUCGAUAGUUAAAACUGUGAAAGCCACUAUUCAUUAACGAGGGGGAAUUGGCAUAUUGCACGUUCUGGUGACGAGGAGUCCAGUGUCAGGAAAGCGAGAGAGUCGAUUGUGUACGCGUGUGAGCCCAGCCUCCUCUCGCGAGUGCGUGCGUGCUUGCUUGCUUGGCGUGCGUCGUACGUGUGUAUUUCAUAUUUCUGCUAGUUAAGAUCGAAAAAGCGGCGAGCUGACGUCAGGAUGACCAGCAGCGAAGAGACGGACAGUAGCGUGAAGAAUGUUGAAACCGUGUUCCACGAGAUCAACUCCCAGAACAAUUGGGCGUCUUUCUAUCAGGGCAUACGUAGCGAAUGUGAAACUUUUGAAUUUACAUGCAAUGAAUCAAAAAAACCACAGAACAGAAACCUAAAUCGUUACAGGGACGUGGCGCCAUAUGAUCACACUAGGAUUAUACUUAAAAGAGGUGUAUGUGAUUACAUUCAUGCCAAUCUUAUACGGGUGGAUCAUGCUGAAAGGCAAUAUAUCUUGACGCAAGGACCUUUACCAAAUACUGUCAGUCAUUUUUGGUUAAUGGUAUGGGAGCAAAAUAGUAGAGCUGUAUUGAUGUUAAACAAGAUAAUUGAGAAGAACCAAAUCAAAUGUCAUCAAUAUUUUCCGUUUGAUGAUGUAAAUUCUACUUUAACGUUUGACGAUGUCAGUAUAAAGGUGGAAUACAUCAGCAAGAAAGAAUUAUCAGAUUACAUUACUAGAACAUUACGUAUAACGGAUUUGGAAAAUAAUGAUAGUAGGGAAAUCUUACAUUUUCAUUACACCACUUGGCCAGACUUUGGAGUACCACAACGUCCAACGGCCUUUUUACGUUUCUUGGCAGACAUCAGGAAAUCAGGAGCGUUAGAUCAAAAUGUUGGCCCACCCGUUGUUCAUUGUUCUGCAGGAAUAGGAAGAUCGGGGACACUUUGCUUAGUUGAUGCAUGCUUAGUACUGAUUGAAAAAUAUGGUUUAAAUGCUCUAAAUGUACGAAAUGAAUUGCUGGAAAUGAGACGGUCUCGUAUGGGUCUGAUACAAACACCUGAACAACUUUGUUUUUCAUAUGCUGCCAUCAUUCAGGGAGCAAAACAAUUGCCACUUGAAAACAUGGAUAUGAACAACGAAACAACUGAUGAAAUAAUAACAACUUAUGACGAGAUGAAUAAUAAAAGUAACCAUCCAUUAGAAAAAGAUGACGAACCUCCACCUCUACCACCUCCUAGAGGAGAGUCUUUAACUCGUAGUAUGAUGGCAGAUCUAAGUCCAGAUGGUUCGACUGAUAAUGAUGAAACAGGUGGACCACCUGAUAAACCUUUGCCAAGUGAACCACCGAACUAUGUAGAAUUAACAGAUGAAAAUUCAUUUACAUCUCUUUCAAAUUAUGCAUACAAAUAUAAAACGGAUGAUGACGUACUUGAUGACGAAAGUCUUUCCAACGACGCUGAAAACUCUGUUUUAAUAAACAAUUCUCCGUCCAAUUCAGACGCGAAAGGGGAAGUGCGUCGCCGCAAAAUGGAAAAAAAUGAACGACUAGCUACGCAAAUACGUGAGAUGAAACGCCGACGGAAGGAGAUGGAAGAAUGGCAGAAAUUCAAGAGGUCAUUAUUUACCCCUCUUAACAUAAGCUUAGGCAUUGGGAUCGGUGGGGGUAUUAUAGCGAUCUGUUACUACCUGUAUAUGCGUAGUUAGAUGUCGUAUCUCAUUUAAGGAUGUCAUACGUACGUAUACACACGCAUCAUUCAAAUUAUCGAUAACAUUUCGAUGACUUGUAAUCGUAGAAAAUGUUACUCUUAACAUAAGAUUCUGUUGCGAGGUUUUAACAAUCUUGGCUGAAAUCUUCGAGAGUAACUAAACAAAAAAUUUUGUAUGAUAUGAUCGGCAGUAAAAUGAUAUCGCCAGUAAUAUCGCAAACGAUACUGCCUCCGUUAUCGGAAGAAUAAGCAAUGAGAAAAAGAAAUAACAAAAAACAGUAGGAAGGAAAUAAAACAAUGCUAGAAA